GUGCAACUCCUUCCUCGCAGGCCAAUCAAAGAGGCUGAAUGUAGUUACCAUACCGACGUGUUCCUCCUCCAAUGAGAGGCUCUUCCUGCUGUGGGGAUUCUAGCCAUGGGGUCCAUACACCUUUUCCGAAAGACACAUCGCUCUUUGCUUGGCAAACUAAUGCAGGAGUUUCGUCUAGUGACCGCAGACCGCAGAUCAUGGAAGAUUUUGCUGUUUGGUGCUAUAAAUGUGGUUUGCACAGGAUUCUUACUCACGUGGUGCAAUUCUACAAACAGUAUGGCCCUUACUGCUUACACCUAUUUAACAAUCUUUGAUCUCUUCAGUUUAUUAACAUGUUUGAUAAGCUAUUGGGUGAUGACGAAAAAACACAGUCCCACAUAUUCCUUUGGGUUUGAACGAUUUGAAGUGCUUGCAGUAUUUGCCUCUACAGUUUUGGCCCAGCUUGGUGCACUGUUUAUAUUAAAAGAAAGUGCUGAAAGAUUUGUGGAACAGCCAGAGAUACACACAGGCCGUCUGCUGGUGGGGACUUUUGUGGCUCUGUUUUUCAAUCUGUUCACCAUGCUUUCUGUUAGAAAUAAACCAUUUUGUUAUGUUUCAGAAGCUGCAAGUACAAGUUGGCUUCAGGAACAUGUAGCAGAUCUGAGCCGAAGUUUAUGCGGUAUUAUCCCUGGGCUGAGUAGUAUCUUCCUACCUCGGAUGAAUCCUUUUGUGUUAAUUGACAUUGCUGGAGCAUUAGCGCUUUGCAUUACUUACAUGUUGAUUGAAAUUAACAAUUAUUUUGCCAUGGAUACCGCAUCAGCUGUUGCCAUUGCUGUGAUGACAUUUGGUACAAUGUAUCCAAUGAGUGUUUACAGUGGCAAAGUUCUGCUCCAGACUACGCCUCCCCAUGUGAUUGGCCAGCUAGAUAAGCUUCUCCGAGAGGUUUCAACUCUGGAUGGAGUUCUGGAAGUUCGCAAUGAGCAUUUUUGGACUCUUGGUUUUGAUAGCAUGGCAGGAUCAGUUCAUGUCAGGAUUAGAAGGGAUGCCAAUGAGCAGAUGGUACUCGCUCAUGUCACAAACCGACUUAGCACUUUGAUUUCAACUCUGACUGUUCAGAUCUUCAAAGAUGAAUGGGCAAGGCCAGUUUUGUCUUCUGGUGCCAUGCCACCCAAUAUGUUGAACAUUCCAGACCAUCACAUUAUUCAGAUGCCAUCUUUGAAGACAUCCAGUGAUGAGAUAAGUCCAAUGACUUCCACACCAUCCAAACCUAGUAGCCCACCUCCAGAGUUUGCCUUCAAUACACCAGGCAAAAACAUUAACCCUGUCAUUCUUUCAAAUACACAAGCAAAGUCAUAUGGCCUUGGAAUUUAUGGAUCUGCUCCAUAUGGUGGUACAUUUAGCCAAGGAUUUGGAGUACCUGGGCUUGGCAGCACACAGGGUUUGCGAACUGGUUUGACCAAUGUUGCCAACAGAUAUGGAACAUACACACCAUCACAGUCCUCUCAGUUCAAACAAUGACAAUUGUGUUUUGAGUUUCUCACCUAUUUUUUGGGCUCUACUUGUUUUAUGUUUGAGAACUAUCUGCACCAUGAUGCAAAGACUCUUUUGGACCUGUAAAAACCUAAAAUUAUUUUGUGCCUGCAUACCACUGAUACAUUCCUUAUAUUUUCUUCAUUAUGCACAUUGUCUUGUUCUUAAAGUGUAUGUCUUGGCAAAAUAAAAAGAAACACAUGUUUAGUAUAUAUGCAUAUUUCUCAGAAUUGAGUCGUCUUGUUUGAGCUGUCUCGGUGGGCAGGUGUGCCCAGUACCCUUAAGCUGGACAACAGAACACCUUCCCAUUCCUAAUCUCAAUUGCAUAAAGGAAAUGUGUUCUGUAGUCCAGCAGGGAAAAGCUGAUGGCUUCAGCGCAUGAAGAGGCAGGGAUAUGUGCUCAAACAAGAUGUUAAGAGCACCCUGUUUUUUCUGGAAGAACGGGAAUAAAAGAAAAAUGUAGCUGUAUUGCAGGGAUGCACUGAAUGUGUUUUUCUUUAUUUUGCCCAGACCCAUGCUGUAAAACUCUUACAACCAGCUGAGAUGGAAGGCAUUAAAUAUUAUUUUGUUUUUUUAUUAAAUCAUCUGGCAGCCUU